AGCUCUAUGUCUCUUCACAAAUCCAAUCGAUCAUAUUCAGAUCCCCAAUUUCCCAUCCAUUUUUCUAGUGCGAGAAAAAGAGAGAAAAUGGCAGGAAUCAUACACAAGAUAGGAGAGACCCUCCACAUCGGAGGCCAAAAGGAAGGUGAGAAGCAACACAAGGAAGGUGAGCACAAGCCAGAGCACCAUGGCGAUAUGCACAAGUCGGAACACUACGAAGGAGAAAAGCACAAAUCUGAAGGAGAGAAGCACAAAUCGGAGCACCACGGAGAUGAGCACAAUGAAGGAGGGUUCAUGAGCAAGAUCCAUGGUGGUGGUGAUCAUCAUGAUCAUGAGGAGAAAGGUGAGAAAAAGAAGAAGGAGAAGAAGAAGAAGCACGAGGAUGGACACGAGCGCCAUGGUCAUGACAGCAGCGACAGUGAUAGCGAUUAGAUCGCUCGCAUUAUACUUCUUCCCCUACACUACUUAGAAGGUGGGUUUUGACUCUGAGGUGAGCUGCAAAUAAGAGGCCAAUCGAGAUUUGGUGUGGUGGGAGGGAGAGAAAUAAAAUCUUGCUUUGAAUAUCUAGUAGUGUUAUGAGAUGUUAUUAGUGUGGGUGUGAAUGUAAUGUCUACAGAUGAUGAUAUGUUAUAUAUAAAUUUAGAAAAAUAUUAAUGAAAUGUUUCUCUUCUGUUUUA